UCUCACACCACACACACCACCAUCCACACCGUCUACAUACGAUUUGUACGACGUACACACGUAACACAACCAUUCUUUGUCGAGUCCAAAUUGCUUGUCAAACUAUGAUCAUACUCCGUUAUUGGUAUGAUUUUCAUGGAUUUCAUGAUAACAGUGCUUGAAACAACUGAGCAGUACGUAUAUUAAUACAGAUACGACUGAACUGAUUCUCAAGCCACACUGGUGUGUCCAGUCCAUCAAAGAAGACCUUUGAGAGAGAGAGUUAACAAAAACACCGUUUCAAGACCUUUAUUUGGAGAAAGUAUCCAUGGAGCUUGAACAUGAAAGCUGCAGCAACAUCUGUUUGGAGGAUAAGAUGUCCGUUUUCCAGUACACGCAAAGAAGACAAUAUGGAACACCCCUGAAGAUACCGCGGAAAUUAGAUUCGUUUGCAGCAAGAAAGUUACCCUAUCUUCUUAAAGAACAUGAAAUAUCACUGGGUACAACGAACAAAGUGUUUGCCUCGCAGUGGCUUUCUGAUAGACAGGUCGUCUUUGGAACCAAGUGCAAUACGUUGGUUGUUUUAGAUGUGAACACUGGACAGCAGUGCCGUCUACCCAUCAUCAAAAGCCGGACAGGGCGCGUCUUUGAGAAUUGCAUGUUCGCUCAGUCUCUGGCAUUCGGCGGGAUCCACAGCAUUGCUUCCAAUCCCAGCAACACAUUGUUGGCCACCGGAGCCGAUAAUCCAGACAAUGUUGCUAUAUAUAAGUUACCUUCGUUUGAUCCACUGUACCUUGGGGAAAACUGCCAUAAUGACUGGAUAUUUGCCAUUUCGUGGCUGGAUGACCAAUUUUUUGUCACAGGCUCUAGAGAUUCAAGUAUAGCCUUGUGGUCCACAGCGGAAACUUGCUUCAGCAAAGAGAGGAAUUUAUCCAAGAGCGUCCACCUCUCCAAGAGGCGAUCGUCUUCCUCCCGCCAUCGUGUCCAAGAGAGGGAACCGUCAGAAGAAGAGACGUCCGAAACCCAUCGCAGCGCAAGUGAAGACAGUGCGUAUAGCUCUACCGAAGACGUGUCGAAUCAUAUAUGUCUUAAGGAUGUUGCCCGGAAGUAUUGCCAAGACAAGGACAAAGUCAGGGCGCUGCAGGUGAACGAGUUCAAGAAGGACCUUGCAGUGCUCACGUCAAACGGCUACAUCUACACCAUCGACAUUGAGACAUUUGACCAGCUGGAGGUAGAGCAUCUGAGUUACUGCCAGGAAAAUGUCUGCAUCGCCCUGUCACGUGACUACUCCCUCUACGCAGUGGGCUCACAGUCCCACGUCACCUUCCUGGAUCCACAUUCCAUGAAGACCAUCACCUCUAUCUGCUCCCAGGAGAGAGGAAGUGGUGUCCGCUCGCUGAGCUUCAGGGAAGACAUUGUUACCAUAGGAACAGGUAAAGGCUCAAUACGCUUCUUCGACAUCCGUGGUGGACGGUACCUCCCCGAUCGAGCAAAGUCAAAAAAGGAACACGUUCUGAAAACCGGACAGGGGCACUUGAAUCGUGAUGACAUGUAUUUCGAGCACUUCUAUGGGGAGCAACACGAAAACGCAGCAUACACGCACUGCUACGAUAAAUCAGGUACCAGACUAUUUGUAGCCGGCGGCCCUCUACCAGCGGGCCUGUCGGGGAAUUACGCAGCACUGUGGCAAUAACCCCGGGAAUCCUGGGAGGCAAACAGUGUUUGACAUAGGACAGUGAUGUGAAUUGCGCAUGUUGCAAAGUGAAACUUUAAACUGAUUUCAGCCCACCAGAUUCGUAAUCGCGUUUCCCGAUCUCAAACUUUUUUGAGGGCAUGGUGAUGUUUGCUUUGCUUUGGAAGCAUCUGCGAGGAUGCCUGUUGAAAUGGUUGUAAGGGGCAUGAAGGCAGUCGAUGGGGAGCGCGUAACGCCCUUGUUGCCCCCUGCUUCAGGUUCGAAACUUGCCCUGUAACCGAUCGCAAGCUCAUUGUUAAUCCAAUACCCAGAUGAGGAUUUCAAAUUUGUAUGAAAAAGAAUGAUGCACAGCACCAGACGAGAGGAGAGGUCGUCCAGCCCUGGAAUCAAUUCUAGUGUCCCACAGCUUUGAGACUGUAUUUUAACAUGUAAAAUAGAGAUUCGCAGGUGCGUUGUUUGUCUGUGGUUCCCGAUUGCGCCGUGAUAUCUUGAUGAUGCCUUUGAUACACAUCCAAUGAGCGACCCUCAAAUGUGUGGAGAAAACAGUGAAACGCUCCCUUCUGUAUCGACAUGUUGACUCGACCUUUCAAUGUGUUGCUUCAAAUUCACGGGCUGUUAUGAAAUGUCAGUCAAUGAUCUCUCAACAUCACCUCAAUGGAGAGUUUGUUGUGCCUUCAGUAGCAACCGAAUAGUAGCGUCAGUCGCAGAGCACUUCUCAGAAUGUAUGCUGGGUAUGGUUACACUACAAAAUGUGAGCGUGGAGUAGAGAUUGGCACAAAACAUCAUACACUGUAUUUCAAAGCAAGGCAAAUCUGCAGGCGUCGAAUUUACAUGGAGACUUCACAUUAGCAAAGACUUCUGCUUGCAUGGCCCCCCUCCAGUGAAAUGUCAUCCAUGGACUGUAAGCUGACGGUCAGCAACAUAAUUUGGGGCAAGGUUCUUGUCGUUGACUGUAACCCUUAACUGUGUUCUUUUGAUUUACCGAUAGUUUAUGAGGUGUGUUUUGGGUCUGAAUUUAAACUAUUAACAAAGCAAGACUUUUCACUGUAUUAUAAAACAUGACCACUGUAUACCACUUUGGAGAAAAUGUUAAAU